AUGGACCAUGCAGCUCUCCUUAUUGUUGUUCUCCAGCUUUGUGGAACCAAUGUGGAAGGAAAGUUUGUGGAUUCAACUGUAAAACUUACUGAGAAGGUGAAACUGGAAUGCAUAUAUCCAAAAAAAGCCACGAUAAUCCAGACAUCCUGGACGAAACUUAAUGUAACUCAUAAAGAAAAUAUAGCUGUCUUGCAUCCAAUCUAUGGCGUACAUAUUGAAGACAAAUACAAUGGAAGAAUUUAUUUUGAAAAUACUUCCAGGGAAGACCAGUCCUUAUCCUUCAUCAAGAGCACUUUGGAGGAUGUUGGUCGUUACUUUUGCUCCAUUGUAACUUACCCAGAUGGAAUUUGGGAAAAGGUAAUAGAAAUUAUUCAGCCAGCAGAUGCUUUUGAAGUAUCUGAGAAACAAAAUAACCUCGUGUUUACCAAGCCAGGAGGAAAUGUUGCUUUUACUUGCCCUUAUAAAAUUGGAGAUUCAGUGCAGCAAGUGAUGUGGGAAAGGAUUAAAGGCGAUCGGGUAGAUACCAUUGUUCUGUGCAACUCGUCAGGAAAGCAAAGCUUUGGUUCAGAUUUCAAGGAGCGUACACUGGUGGAUUGCUCUGAUCCGGCAAACUCCAUGAUGGUCAUUCAAAACAUUACAGCCUCUGACUUUGCAACGUACCGCUGUGUAGCUACUGGAAGAAAGAAAACCUAUGUGAUGAGUUUUACUGUGGCUGGAACUUGGGAUCACAAAAGGUUUAUUAUCUAUAUAGCUGGAGGAAUUUCUGCUGCUGUCUUACUGUUAGUUUUCCUACUGAUCUUCUGCAUCACCACUGCUUAUCACAAAAAAAAGAAGAGGAAGAGGAUCACAGAGGCCUUAUCAAAAGCUUUGUACUGGGCUCAGACCCAGCCUGCUAACAGUUAUGGAACAUCCAGUUUUCAUGGCACAUGGAACACAGAGAGAAGAGGAGAAGAAUCAUCACUCGGGAAGACAGAGGAGAUUUAUGUCAACUGCAAAAAUGUCUCACACAAACCUAAGACAAGACCAUUAGAUUCCUUCGGUAAUGAGCGAACUUGCUUGGAUCUGAAGGUGAUCCCCGCAGUGCUGAUGCUGCAUCUUGAGUCGGAGACAUUUCAGCGACUCCAGUGGGAAUCCGUGGGCUGCGGCAAGGACCUAAAAACAUUACGGGUGAAGACAGGCCGGCCUGCUGGUGGAGGCGGGUAG